AUGGUAUCACAUGCUGCGUGGCGGCCACUCGCAGGCGCCGCCGCAUCCUCAGCACGACUCGCCGUCCCCAAGUCGACCUCGACUCCGGCGAUCGCACACUUCGCUCGCUCGCGAGCAGGCGUGCAGGCGUGGGGGACAGCCGUAGGGGCACGGAGACUGUACUCGGCGGGCGCGGGACAGGCGCGGACAGCGGUUGAGGGAGGAUUCCUUGCGGGCGGUCGGGUCUUCGCGGCUCUUCGACAGCCUCGAAACGCAUCCUUCGCCGCCUCGUCACUCACAGCACUGCGACAAAACGUCGCUCGGUCCGCCCGCUCCCUUGCAACCGCUGCCAUCGACUCCUCCUCGUCCGGCUCCUCCUCUUCCACCUACCCUGAUCCUCCCGAAGUUCCCCUCACUUCGCCCCUCGUCUCCCGGUACCUGUUCGUUAUCGGCGGCCUCGUCUUUGCCAUCGUCGUGGUCGGCGGCAUGACCCGCUUGACCGAGAGUGGGCUGUCCAUCACCGAAUGGAACGUUAUCAAGGGCGUCAAGCUGCCCAUGUCGCAGGCCGAGUGGGAGGAGGAAUUUAAGAAAUACAAGCUCACCCCCGAAUGGAAGAUCAACAACCAGCACAUCACGCUUCAGGACUUCAAGACGAUAUACAUGUGGGAAUGGUCGCACCGCAUUCUCGGCCGCAUCAUCGGCGUCGCCUUCCUCGCCCCGAUCCCUUACUUCGUCUACGCCCGCAAACUCGGCGGGGGCGCGCUCUUCGCCCUCUUCGGUAUCGCCUCGCUCAUCGGCGCACAGGGCGCGAUGGGUUGGUACAUGGUCAAGAGCGGACUGGACGAGCAGAGCGUACAGGACCUCGGUGGUGUCCCUCGCGUCAGCCAGUACCGUCUCGCGGCUCACCUCGGCUUGGCGUUCCUCGUCUACUCGGCGUGCGUACGAUUCGGCAUCGGUGCUGCGAGGGACUGGAAGCUGGCGAAGAAGAUGCAGGGACUCGGUGGGUGGAAGACAGUUGAGGAGACGAUUCGCGGGUUGGAGGGCAAGGUUGCGGGCCGGACUCGCGUUCUCGUCACGGCGUUGACCGCGCUCGUCUUCACGACGGCUCUCUCGGGCGCCUUCGUCGCCGGGCUCGAUGCUGGCCUGAUCUACAACGAGUGGCCGCUCAUGGGCGGCAAGCUCCACCCGCCUUCAUACGAGCUCAACAAGGAUUUCUACUGCCGCAAGGCUGACAAGUCGGACCGGUGGCGCAACCUCUUCGAGAACCCGACAACGGUCCAGUUCGACCACCGCAUGCUCGCCUACACCACCUUCUUCUCGGUGGUCUCGCUGUUCCUCUACGCCCGCCGCCCUCACAUCCGCUCGCAACUUCCACCUCUGACCUACCGCCUUAUCAAGGGCUCGCUACACAUGUCGGUACUGCAGCUCACGCUCGGCAUUACGACGCUCCUCUACCUGGUUCCGACACACCUCGCCGCGACGCACCAGGCAGGCUCGCUCGUCCUCCUCAGCCUUGUCCUCGCCGCUGGCGCGACUUUGAGAAGGCCGAGCAAGGUCGCGAAGGAGGCGCUCAGGAUCGCACAGCUGAGGCAGAAGGCGGCGCAGAUCAAGGUAUAG